GCAGUUUGAAGGCCGGAAGUACUGCGAACACGACUUCCAGAUGCUGUUUGCUCCGUGCUGUGGCUCCUGUGACACCUGUGCCGGCCCUGCCACAGCCGGGAGAAGGCCAAGGACCUGGGCAAGCAUGUCUGCCAGCGGUGCCACCUGGUCAUCGAGGAGCAGCCCCUCAUGUUCAGGAGUGACGCCUACCACCCCGACCACUUCAGCUGCACCCACUGCAGGAAGGAGCUGACCGCUGAGGCCCGGGAGCUGAAGGGGGAGCUCUACUGCCUGCCGUGCCACGACAAGAUGGGAGUACCCAUCUGCGGAGCCUGCCGCCGGCCCAUCGAGGGCCGCGUGGUCAAUGCGCUGGGCAAGCAGUGGCAUGCCCAGCACUUCGUCUGUGCCAAGUGCGAGAAGCCGUUCCGCGGGCACCGGCACUACGAGAGGAAGGGCCUGGCCUAUUGCGAGACCCACUACAGCCAGCUCUUUGGGGACGUCUGCUACAGCUGCAGCCAUGUGAUCGAGGGUGAUGUGCUGUCAGCCCUCAACAAGGCCUGGUGUGCCAGCUGCUUCUCCUGCUCCGCCUGCCACAGCAAGCUCACCCUCAAGAACAAGUUUGUGGAGUUUGAUAUGAAGCCCGUGUGUAAGAGAUGCUACGAGCACUUCCCCCUGGAGCUGAAGAAGCGGCUGAAGAAGCUGUCAGACCUGGCUGCCCGCAAGACCCGCCCCAGCUCCCCCUAGGAGGCCUCCCCUCAGCCUCACCUCCCUGCUUCCUGCUGGGCUUGACCCUCCCUCCUCCCCCUGUCAGCACU